CCCGGGGUCCAAGCUCCAGCUGCCGAGCUCCAGCCCCAGCCCGCGGGCCGCCGGGACAGCAACUCCUUGCGGAGUCCCAGGCUUCAGCGCGGGCUGGUCCAGCCUCCGCUCCAGUGCCUGCGCUGUGCCCUGUAUCCCGGGAGUCCGGCUCCAGCUGCGGCGACGCGGCAGGUGCCUCCCCUUCUUGGGGACGUGGUCACCAUGUUCUCCUGCGUUAAGGCCUAUGAGGACCAGAACUACUCAGCGCUGAAGCGAACCUGUCUGCGCAGGAAGGUGCUCUUUGAGGACCCCCACUUCCCUGCCACUGACGACUCACUCUACUAUAAGGGUACCCCAGGGCCCACAGUCAGGUGGAAGCGGCCUAAGGAUAUCUGUGAUGAUCCCCACCUCUUUGUCGAUGGCAUCAGCUCCCACGACCUGCACCAGGGCCAGGUGGGCAACUGCUGGUUUGUGGCCGCCUGCUCGUCCCUCGCCUCCCGAGAGUCACUCUGGCAAAAGGUCAUCCCAGACUGGAAGGAGCAGGAAUGGGACUCUGAGAAGCCUGAUAACUAUGCUGGCAUCUUCCAUUUCCACUUCUGGCGCUUCGGGGAGUGGGUGGACGUGGUCAUCGAUGACCGGCUGCCCACAGUCAACAACCAGCUUAUUUACUGCCACUCCAACUCCAGAAAUGAGUUCUGGUGUGCCCUGGUGGAGAAGGCCUAUGCCAAGCUGGCGGGCUGUUACCAGGCCCUGGAUGGAGGCAACACGGCGGAUGCACUCGUAGAUUUCACAGGUGGCGUUUCUGAACCCAUUGACCUGACCGAUGGGGACUUGGCCACCGAUGAGGCCAAGAGGAGUCAGCUCUUUGAGCGGGUACUGAAGGUGCACAGUAGAGGGGGCCUCAUCAGUGCCUCCAUCAAGGCUGUGACAGCAGCUGACAUGGAGGCCCGCCUGGCAUGUGGCCUGGUGAAGGGCCAUGCGUAUGCUGUCACUGAUGUGCGCAAGGUGCGCCUGGGCCACGGCUUGCUGGCCUUCUUCAAAUCAGAGAAGCUGGACAUGAUCCGCCUGAGGAACCCCUGGGGCGAGCGGGAGUGGAACGGACCCUGGAGCGACACCUCAGAGGAGUGGAAGAAAGUGAGCAAGAGUGAGCGGGAGAAGAUGGGUGUGACCGUGCAGGAUGAUGGCGAGUUUUGGAUGACUUUCGAGGACGUGUGCCGGUACUUUACGGACAUCAUUAAGUGCCGCCUGAUUAACACGUCCUACCUGAGCAUCCAUAAGACAUGGGAGGAGGCGCGGCUGCGUGGCGCCUGGACGAGACAUGAGGACCCGCAGCAGAACCGAAGUGGAGGUUGCAUCAACCACAAGGACACUUUCUUCCAGAACCCACAGUACAUCUUUGAAGUCAAGAAGCCAGAAGAUGAAGUACUGAUCUGCAUUCAGCAGCGGCCCAAGCGUUCAACGCGCAGAGAAGGCAAAGGCGAGAACCUGGCCAUCGGCUUCGACAUCUAUAAGGUGGAAGAGAACCGCCAGUACCGUAUGCACAGCCUGCAGCAUAAGGCCGCCAGCUCCAUCUACAUCAACUCACGGAGCGUUUUCUUGCGGACAGAGCAGCCCGAGGGCCGCUAUGUCAUCAUCCCUACCACCUUCGAGCCGGGCCACACUGGCGAGUUCCUGCUCCGAGUCUUCACAGAUGUACCUUCCAACUGCCGGGAGCUGUGCCUGGAUGAGCCCCCUCGCACCUGUUGGAGCUCCUUGUGUGGCUACCCCCAGCAAGUGACCCAGGUCCAUGUCCUGGGGGCUGCUGGCCUCAAGGACUCGUCAACAGGGGCAAACUCCUAUGUGAUCAUCAAGUGUGAGGGUGAAAAGGUUCGCUCAGCUGUGCAGAGAGGGACCUCGACACCGGAGUACAAUGUGAAAGGAGUCUUCUAUCGCAAGAAACUGGCUCAACCCAUCACCGUGCAGAUUUGGAAUCACCGCGUCCUGAAGGAUGAAUUCCUGGGCCAGGUGUGCCUGAAGACCAACCCGGACGACCUGCAGGCCCUCCACACGCUCCACCUCCAGGACCGCAGCAGGCGGCAGCCCAGCGACUUACCGGGCACGGUGGCCCUCUAUGUCCUCAGCAGCGCCUCUCUCACAGCUGUGUGACACCGGCCCGCCCGCCCCGCCUGGCCCCACCAGUCCUCACCACCACCUGCAUGUCCCCACCUGGCCUGGGACCAGCCUGGGAACCAGACCCUGGGGCCCCUCCCCCACUCUCCCACUGACCCACUGUGUGACCUGAGGAGAGCCCUGCCCCUCUUGGAGCGGAGCCUCGGUGUUUGGAGGGCCCCGAAGAUUUCCCUUCUUGUGGGGGAGUUUUCUUGCCUAAGAUUUGAAGUAGCUCUGCCCAGCGGGCACUGCUGCUAAGGGGCUACCUGUUGAAAACAUUUCCCCAGGCCCCACUGUCUGCCGAGGAGUGCCAAGAUGUCACUUGUUUACACACAAACUGCCAUGUCCCAAGCCCCUUCCUCCCUGUUUCCUAGCUCCCCUCCCAGGUCUUUGCUCUAUAGCUACGGUGACCUUAAACUUCUUCUCUUCCUGCCUCCACUUUCCCAGUGUUGAGAUUAUAGGCGUGUGCCACUACACCAGUUUAUAUGGUGCUGGGUAUCGAACCUAGGGCUUUGUGUAUGCUAGGCAAGCCUUCGUUCAACUGAGCUACGUCUCCAGUCCCACUACACCUUGUUUUUUGAGCCAUCUUGAAAGAACCCUUGGUGGGCAUCUGCUGGGAGGAACACAGGAGACAUGUGCUCAUUCCUAAUGCCCUCCUCCCAUCCACUGGGUUACUCAGCAUGGGUUUGCCCAGUUGGCCCAAAGAGCCGCCCUAGGCCUCCCUAGCCUCAGGUCUUCGCAGAGGCAGAUAACCUAACUUCACUCCCAUCUCCCGAAGACGUGGCCACACCGGUGAGAAAGUGUUAUUUCCCAGUUUCCACUUACGAUGUUAGAGGAGUGGCCUGGCCCAGGCAGGUCGAUAUAGGGCUAUGGUCCCAGGGGACAUGCUCCCUCUGUUGAAAGACACUGGGGUUUCCUUAGAAGAAAGGACUCCAGGGUGGGUGGUGCCAGGCCUUCAGGGUUAUGUCAUCUGUUGGCUGUCACAGGCAGGGACUUGCCUCUCCUGACCAGAGGCCUCUCUAUCAGCAUCCCCCAGACAGCCAAGGAGGCCGCCAUGCUCUUGCUCUCCAGACCACUAAUGUUCCUUUCAAUCCUCAACAUUUGAUAGUCUUAGCAUUUUUAAAAAAUCUCAGUGUAAAGGGAAGUCUGUCCCAACCUGUUGUUCUUUUUAAACUCAUUUUGUGGGUCCUCUGCUUUUAUUUUGACAUUGAGCAUGAAAGGACAUGGGUGAAGUGGGACCUUCUCAGAGGAGUCUCCGAGGAAGGUAGAGAUGAGCAUGUUCGUUCCUGGGCAUCCUCAGGCUGGUUGCAGACUGCAUUCCAGAGGGACUCUUGUUCAGUCCUGGUUCUGUAGCUCACAGGGUCUCUUCUCUACCUUUGGUGGGCUGCCAGACCAGGCUUAGUAGAUAAAGUACAGUUAGGUAAACAACAGCAAUUCCUUCUGGGAGUGUGACUUUCUGUCUCCAAUCCCUACUAUGUGGUCCUCUUCCUGGCUGGAGGUGCUGGAUUCUGACUGCCAUCUUGCUCCGUGGUAGCUCUGCUCCUAGCCUGGGGCCUGGGCCAAGGGGAGGGCUAGGCACAGAAAUAAAGAUAAAGGAUUCCUCCUGCACGGUUAGGACUUCCCUUCAAAGACCUGGGCCUGGGCCUGGGAUUGUGCAUGCCACCAGGAGCAAGUCACUUAAACCUCCUGUGCCUCAAUUCCUCCCUCUGCAGCGUGAGGCUGGUGGCUCCUAUUUGUGGGGACUCUUACAAGAAUAAGAGCAAGGUCACACCACUUCCUCUCCGUGUCUCUAUAUCAUAUACUCCACACGUUCGCAUAAUCACUUCCCAAUGGCUGUUACAAACAAAGACUGUAGCCAGGAAUGGAGGAGAAAGCAGCGGCUAGGCCAUCUUGGGUCUCAGGGCCUGACAUGCGCAUCUUAGCUCAGCCAUAUCCCCCUGAGGCGCGGGGCAAACCAGGACCAAGUAGCCAACUUGUAUAAGCUUCUCCAGAUUAGCCACUGCCUCCCACCGCCAGCAGAACUGGGCCAGCAGCCCUGCUCUUGCUUCCUCCCUCUCAAGCGAGGCCAGGCUGGCUCCUGGCUGUGCAGGGACCUCUGGUCCCCGGGAAGCCUUGAGGACUGGACAGGUGAGGACAGUGUGGAGCAGGGAGAGCAGUGGCUUUGUUCAACCUUUGCACCCGGGAGGCCUCACAGUGUGCCCGUUGCAGGCGAUCAGCCCUGUAGCCCACACUACAUGGACCACCAGGACCUGGCCUUCACUUCUCCAGGUCACCAUGCCCUGGGGUCAAGGGCAUGUUAUCUUCUCAGAAUAAAUAUUAACUGCC